AUGGCAACUAAGCCUAAUUGCGCUGAAGUUAAUGGCUGGGAUGACGAUGACAGGCUGAAAUUUUUUAAAGUACUGUUGCCAGGCAGAGCCCAGUCUGCAUUUCAGCGACUACCAAAAGACAGUAAGAAUACCUAUACAUAUGCUGUAGAGGCCCUCACUGAAUGCUUCGAACCAAGCUCAAAGCAUGACUUGUACGGGGCAGAAUUGCUUAUUAGAGAAAAGAAAUUUACGAAGUCAUGGGGAGACCUGGCAGAGGAGCUGAGACACCAGAGCUGCUAUACAUUGAUAGAUCCAUCUGUCUGGAAACAAGAAAUCAGAGGUACCCUAAAGCCGGUUACUAAUCAUAAGCUAGUAGGAGUCACUGGUAUACCACUAAAUACAAUCGGAUCAACAGAAAUAACUAUCACAGUUCCUGGAAUGAGUCUUCAAGUCCCAGUUGUUGUGGUGGAGGGACUUACAGCAGAUGGCAUCAUGGGAUUAGACUUCCUACAGGCGCAUUGUUGCCAGAUAGACAUCAAGCACAAAAGGCUUCAUCUCCAACAACUAGAUGUAAGCAUCCCACUCUACCCACAUGCAAAGGGUAGAUCCUCUGCCAUUGUUGUUGAUACAGUGGAAGUAUUAGUUGCAGAGACGGUUGUUAUACCAGCUCAGUCCGAGAUGGAGGUACAAGCAACAACAGCUACCUCCCUUACUGGCUCUCCCCAAACCUGA